AUGUACGAAGCCCGAUCCAAGGCACCCAUCCCCGCCCCUCAAGAUACCCCACUAACCAAACAACAGGUCGACACUCGAGUGUCCAGCAUAGAUGUCAAGCUAGCAGCACUCAACUCCGAACUCUCCACAUACCAAAGCAAGAUCGCGAAGAUGCGCGACGGGCCGGGCAAGAAUGCUCUCCGACAGAAAGCGCUCAAGGUCCUCCAGCGACGAAAACAAUACGAGGCGCAGCGCGACCAACUCUCUCAACAAUCAUGGAACAUGGAACAGGCGGGCAUGAUGCAGGAUAAUUUGAAGAAUGUGAUGACAACGGUGGACGCAAUGAAGACCACAACCAAGGAACUCAAGAAGCAGUAUGGCAAGGUCGACGUGGAUAAGAUCGAGCAGAUGCAGGAUGAGAUGGCGGAUCUGAUGGAGGUCGGGAAUGAGAUUCAAGAAAGUAUCUCCCGCGCCUAUGAUGUCCCUGAGGAUGUUGAUGAGGCCGAGUUGGAUGCAGAGCUCGAGGCGCUUGGCGAGGAAUCCAUGUUUGAGAGCAGCAUGGGCGAGAGUGCUAUGCCGAGCUUCUUACAGGAUGAGGUGGCUCCGCCGCAGUUUAUUGAUGAGCCGCCCGAGCAACAUAAGGUCAAGGAGGCCGCGGGCGGACUCGGAUAA